UUAGGGGAAAUGUGAAUUGAAACGAGAAAAGACUGUCAGAGACGUUAUCAAGCGUAAAGUCCAUUCACGGAUAUCUAUUCAUAGUUCCUACCUAGUGCAGAUUUAAGAAAAAUUAAAGUGUAUUCGGGGUCAGUGAAUCAAUUCACUUCGGAUUGUAAACAACUCGGCUUAGACGAAAUGAAGAAACCUACAGGACUUGAGAAUUUGAUGUGGAAGAUUUUAUGUUUAUUCUUCAUAAUUUAUCCGAACUCGGCACAACCAAAUGAAGCCUCGAGACGCUUAUCUACGAAUCUCAUGAAAAAUUAUAACAAAAUGAUUCGAGGAGUAAAAGAUAUGGGAGAAAUAACUACACUGAGAAUCCAUUUUAGUCUUAUUCGAAUAGCAGAAUUUGACGAAGUGAAUGGAAAGCUAUCAUUGGUUGGAUUCUUUGGUAUCUUUUGGAAUGACUUCAGAAUGGCGUGGGACCCAGAACAAUAUAAUGAUACAUACACUAUACUGUUUGAAGAAAAGGAAGUAUGGAGACCGUUGAUUGUUUUAGCUUCAACCCAAGAAGAGUUUAAAAGACUUGGACAUGACGAUAAUUUCUUUGUAAGAUUCAAUCCGGAAGGCUACGCAGAAUGGUAUCCCGGGGACAUUUGGGCGACAGCGUGUACACCGGAUGUGUAUGCAUACCCGUACGACACCCAGACUUGUGUUGUAACCUAUGCUAUAUGGGCCUAUGCUGUUCAUGAAGUUACUAUAAAGGUUUUAUCUGAUACAGUAAGUUUGUACGUUUACACCCCUCAUGGUAUGUGGGAUCUGAUUGAUACCUCAGUAACAUCAAAUGUGGACGUAGGACGAGGACUGACGUCAAUUGACAUCACAUUAGUGGUGAAAAGAAUCUCCACAUUCCACCUCAUCAACAUGAUUCUUCCCAUCGUUUUUGUCGGGUUACUUAAUAUCCUCGUGUUUCUUCUCCCUGCUCAGUCCGGUGAAAGAGUCGGUUAUUCCAUCACGGUUUUACUCGCCAUUGCCGUGUUUCAAACAAUAGCCUCCGAUAAUCUUCCAAGCGUUUCUAAGCCCCAGCUUUCGUUGCUUUGUAUCAAACUUUUAGUAGAUCUGAUUUUGAGUGCUUUAGUGACGAUGUUAACGAUUGUGACGUUGUAUUUUUAUCACAUGCCGGAAUCUCGGAGAGUGCCGUCGUGCGUUGCAUCUGUAACAAGUUUUGUGCUGUGCAAAAAUUGUUGUAAGGACAAACCUAACGUCACUCUAGAAAAGCAUGGUUUCAAGAAUGGAAUAGACGCGAUAGAAUCUGUUUCAGUGAAUGACAACCAUUCAGGUGACGUCACGUGGACAGAUGUUGGUAAAAGUAGUGACAUUGUGUUUGCUGUUUUUUCUCUGUUGACGUUUUUAGCUUCAAAUCUUGUAUUUGUAUUGUAUGUUGCAUAAUAAAUUGUUAACAUAUCUUAA